AUGUUAUUAAAAGAUUUAAAUUGGCUGGAUCCUAGAACAUUUGCUUUUAUUAAUAAACUUGAACAAUUUCCUAAAGACUCGUUGAACACAAUAUGUAAACUAGCAGAUUUAGACAAAGAGAUCAUUGCAAUUGAGCUAAAACAGUUUGCUUAUGAAGAUAUUGAAGUUAAACCCACCGAACAAAUUAAAUGUGACAAAUGCACUAAAUGUCUUCAGUGUGCAUUGAUUUUGCUCCAAGAGCUGUCAUGUCAAUCUAAUUUAUUUUGUAAUUUGUUCACAUUAUAUAAAUUUGUGUUGCUAUUACCAUCAACACAGACUACCUGUGAAAGAGUAUUUUCAAAGCUGAAAAUAAUCAAAACUAAACUUCGGUCUUCUUUACACCAAGAACAUCUUAAUCCAUUAUUGCUAAUGUCCAUUGAAAAGGAUAUUUUGAUUGACUCAGAUGAGUUGAUUGAUACGAUUGCUAACUCAUCUAGUGAACUAAAAACAUUACUGAUAUAA